CAGUCUUCUCUUGAUACAAUUUGCAGCCCUUGAAUAAUGGACGUCGGAUGGAAGCUUAGCUAUUGUUUGACGCCGCCGGGCCUUCCGCCUUCUUAGGAUGACGUUUCAGUCUUGAAAGUUGGAGGAAGGACAUUUUACUGCAAUUUGGCCUUAAUAACUGUCAUCUGCUUGCAAGUGGGCAGGUAGAGUCGGCAGCCUGGCAGAGGGGCAACCCUGCCCCUCCAGCUGUGCAUAAUAGUAAUAAUAAUAGGUGAAUAAUCACUCGUGGAAUAAAGCAAGGUAUUACUCUAAGCGGAUCGCAAAGCUGUCUUGGAAAGGAAGGACGGGAGAAGAAAACUUGGGAGCGUCCAGCUUGAGAGAAAACCCCCCUAGACCACAGUGGAACUUCUAAACAAAUCUGAAUACGAUUGGAUUGAAUGGUUUCGGAGUGUGAGGAGAGAUUUGUUUAAUAUGCAAAGAUACAAGUAGAGAUAGAAGAAAGAGAAGGGCCCUCAGCCGAGAAGGGAAGCGGUGGUGGCUGUGGCGCGAUUCGGCUCGCCUGAACCAGGACUUCGGCCAUGGCAGAGACGGAGAACGGCGGAGACAGCUCGGUGCAUGAGACUCGCUUCGAAGCGGCGGUGAAAGUGAUCCAGAGCCUGCCCAAAAAUGGUUCUUUCCAGCCAACAAAUGAAAUGAUGCUAAAAUUCUAUAGUUUUUAUAAGCAAGCAACUCAAGGACCUUGUAAUAUUCCAAGACCAGGAUUUUGGGAUCCUAUUGGUAGAUACAAAUGGGAUGCAUGGAGUUCGUUGGGCACAAUGCCCAAAGAAGAUGCUAUGAUUGCAUAUGUUGAAGAAAUGAAAAAGAUUCUUGAAACAAUGCCGAUGACGGACAAAGUUGAGGAACUGCUACAUGUUUUAGGCCCAUUUUAUGAAAUUGUAGAGGAUAAAAAAAAUAAAGGAUCUGAUCUAAUCACAGAUCUUCACAAAGCUGUGCCAGCUGUGAAUGGAAAAUCAGAAAACAAUGACAGUGGGGCAGAAUCAGAGGACGAACCACAACCGGAAGAAUUGAGAGAUGUCCAGCAGAUUGAUAAAGGACCUUCAGAAGAAGAAGAAGAUGCGAAACAAAAUUCAUCCCCAGAUAAGGAUCUAGAUGGUGUGGUUAUCAAUGGAAGUUGCAAUGCUGUUUCUAACAUUGACAUAAACAAUGGCUUACAGUCCAAAUCUAACCUGAAUGGCAUCAAUGUGGAUGACGAAAUACAGAUAAGUGAAAAGUGCCUUGAGUUACCAGUCAUCCCUAACUGGGAUUCUACUCAUCAAGAUCAAAAUGAAGAUACCAUUGAAGUGUCUGGAAUUCAACUCUUGACAAGUGAUUCAGAUAGUGAAAUAUAUUGUGAUUCAAUGGAGCAGUUUGCACAAGAAGAGAUCCUGGAAAUCAGCUCAUCAGUCAAGGAAAUUUCCAGAAAUCCAUUAACUUUCUCGGAAGUAGAUUAUAAUAAUCUGUUAGAAACAUCUGGCUUUCUUGAACUUGGAAAUCACAAAGCAGAAGGUAUAAAGGAAGCAACAACUGAAGGAAAAGGUGAAAUUAAGUGCGGUGGUGAAGAUGGCAAAGGAAAUGAUGGAGGCCCUCAAAAAGAGAAGAAAAAUGAUGAAAAGGUUAACUUCUAUGGAGUUCGAAGGGGAAGAGGACAUAGAAUGUAUCCUUUAGGAGAUGGUGGCCAAGGUGGACAGAUGGGCAGUGGAGGAGAUGGAGAACGGUGGGGUUCAGAUAGAGGACCUCGGGGCACCCUCAAUGAGCAGAUUGCAAUUGUACUCAUACGAUUGCAAGAAGAUAUGCAAAAUAUUCUUCAAAGAUUACAUGCACUUGAGGCACUCACAACUUCACAGGCAACACUACAGCCAAAUAAUCAGCCUGAGGCACCUGUUAAGAAACCAUCAUGGUGGCCCUUUGAGAUUUCUCCUGGUACUUUAACCUUUGCUGUUUUAUGGCCCUUUGUUACUCAAUGGCUGGUGCAUUUAUAUCUUCAAAGAAGAAGAAGAAAACAGAACUGAGCCUUCCAUUCCUGAUUUUGUUUAAGAACUACUAGUAUGAGAAGAUUUUGAAAAAUACUAUAGUUAACACAGGAAAUAUAAGCUCUGGAAUGAUUAAAACAUCCUUGUAUUUUUCCUUAACAUCUUUCUUUUUCUUUUUGCACUACUGAAGAUUCUAUACUUGAAUGAGACAUUUUUCCUAUAUUUCUAAUAGAAUAAAUACAACUGUCCUACUAAGCAAUCAAAUGAACUACAAUUAUUAUGACAAUACUUUCCUGAUGAACAGUUUGUAUAAUGUCUUUAAUUUUCAGUUCCUAUUGGGGAGAAAAAAUAAGUCUUUAGAAAAGAGAGGAAAAACCUUGAAAGCAUGUAUCCCCACUCCCCAAAAUUCCAUGGUACUAUAACUGUAUGAUUUGUUUUAUAAUAACAGCCUUUUGGUUAGACAUGCAAUAGAUUGAGUAAAUGGUACACCCCCAAAGGCCAAAAUAAACAGGAUUAUUACUAUUGCAU